UGUCUGUUUUUUGCGUCCUCAGAUUCAGAGAGAGUGUCACACAGUUCAGGCAACCAUGGCCAACCAAUCACUGGAUAUCCUAGCAAAGGUUUUGGAGCAGUCAGCCAAGCUGGUGGAGGAGAAGGUGGACGCACAGUUGAGCAAACUGAAUGAAAUGGAUGAAGAUGACUUGGAAAGACUGAAGGAGCGGCGAUUAGAGGCUCUUAAAAAAGCCCAGAAACAGAAGCAAGAGUGGUUGUCUAAAGGCCAUGGAGAGUACAGAGAAAUCUCGAGUGAGAAAGACUUUUUCGGCGAGGUCAAGGAGAGCAAGAAUGUUGUCUGCCACUUCUACAAAAAUUCAACCUUCAGAUGUAAGAUCGUCGACAAACACUUGGCCAUCCUGGCAAAGAAGCACGUCGAGACCAAGUUCAUCAAACUGGAUGUGGAAAAGGCUCCAUUUCUGACAGAGAGGCUGAGGAUCACGGUGAUUCCUACGUUAGCCCUGCUGUUAGACGGGAAAACAAAGGAUUAUGUGGUUGGAUUCACUGACCUGGGAAACACAGAUGACUUUCCCACAGAGAUGCUGGAGUGGAGACUCGGCUGUGCAGAUGUUAUUAACUACAGUGGCAACCCGAUGGAGCCUCCUACAACGGCGCAGAGGUCAGGCACAAAGUUCACAAAGGUGGAGAAGAAGACCAUCAGAGGGCGAGGUUACGACUCAGAUUCUGAUUCUGGAGAUGACUGAAAAGCGCUGACAGUCUGGUUUUCUCUUUAAGGGCUACCUCAUUUAAAGAAAAAAAUGUCAUGCAGCCCGCUUUAAUUUUUCUCCUUUUCUCUAAGUGACUUACACAUUCAUUAUCAGUUCCCCAUAUUUUAUUGUACCAUAUCUCAAAUCAAAUUAUUUCCUAAAAGCAGUCAGUAUUUAUUUGUGUUGCAGCCUUAUUUAAUAAACUGCCUGCUAUAUGUUAUAUUUCAAUAAUUAAGUAAUCCAAAAAUAAGGAAACAUACCGUACAGAUGAGCCAUUGCACCAGUAAUGGAUCAACUAGCUCGUAGCGUCAUUGUGUUUGUGAGUUUGUCUCUAAACCCUCUCAUUUAGGUAGCUCCGUUUAUUUCCUCUUCACCUUGUUAGUCUGAUGUUAGAACGGAAACUCUGAUGCAUGAGUGCCAAGAUCAUCUUUUACUAUCAGAAAACAUUUUUACAUGACAUUUCCUUGUAGCGAGAGUUUGACUUAACUAAUGCCGACUUAAUAAAAAGUAUAAAAAGAAUUUAAAAA